UGUAAAUAUCAAGGUUUGAAAUCAUGCAAACAUCGAGACAACGUCGGCAUCAUCUUUCAACUGGAACGCUUUGAGCAAAACUUUCGGUUAUGAAAAGGUUUUCCAAAUUGACUUAUUAGGAAUAUAAGCAUUUGGGAAUAUUUUUAUCGAAGCAGAUAUAUCGCGUACAAGUAUUUCUAAACAUGGUAUACUGGUCGAAGGCUUUGUACGUCUUCCUCUAUUGUGCUAUAUUCCUGGCAAAGAAAGCGGAAUCAUUGCCCGAAUGUAAAGAAGGUGAAUUUCAUUACGAGUACACAGAAUGCGGUGCGGACGGGGGGAGAUGGCAUGUCCCCGUGCCUCAUUAUGAAAGUAAAUGUGCUGUCACGAUGAGACCUCCUCUGUAUCAAAAAUCAUGUGAUGGAACAUGUCCUGCCGGGCAAUUUACUGACGUAUCUUUGUUGAGCGAGGAAUGCAAACCGUGUCCCAAAGGAAAGCACAGUCUUGGCAGUGCCGUACGUUACACAAAUUGGACGGAAUUUCCGCCGGAUUUCGACACGUAUGCGACAUUGGACUUCGGAGAAUCGUGGAGGAAUGAAGGUGAAUCGCAGUGCAAUGCAUCAUGGGUUGCAGAUGGAAAUCUUCUACGUACCGAAGUAUCGCCGUGUCUCUUGCGUCUUACAUAUAUUGCAAACGUUGUCAAGGACGAAGGCUCCAUAACCUUUUGGUACUAUUACACCAACGAUUAUAACGGCAUGUUCUUCAGCGUUUCGGUUCGCAAUGAACAGUGCGAGAUUACCAAGCAACGCCGUGAUGGCAAAAAGGACAAUGGUGAGGAGAAAGAUGAAGAAAUGAGCGAUGAAGAUAUGAGCGACGAUGUUUAUUAUAAUACUGAUGACGAUGACGUGAUAAGCCUCGAUCCGUCCUCGCAGUACGUAUGGAAAAAUGCCACAUUAAAAUUAAAACGUGGAAAGAAUCUAGUUGUCUGGCAAGUUGAACGCUGGAGCAACGAAGGAAACAGUUUUUCCAAAAUGGCUUUCAUCCGAGAAAUCGAAGUUAAAGGUACCGCGUCGACUUCGGAAUGCGUCAAUUGUCCACCGGGAACGUUCGCUGAUAAAGUGGGAUCAGGAAAAUGUGAACAAUGUGAGGCGAACUUCUUUUCGGAGGCCGGUGCUAAGGAAUGUGAACCUUGUAAUGAAAAAACGGAAUAUGCUCCUCGUGGAAGCGCGAAGUGCCUCGAACGUCCUGCUUGUGAGAAAAAAGAUUACAUGGAAAUUUCCUCGGAAUGCGAUGAAGAAAACAAGUUCCAAACUCUUUACAAAUGGAUUGAGCCGAAGAUCUGUAGUGAGUUCCUCGAUGGCGCCGUUAAGUUACAUGAAGCCGGACCCAAGGUUGAGUGUCCCACAUGUAGUCCCGGAAUGUACCUUAAAGACAACAAGUGUCUUUUCUGUUCCGUGGGAUACUUCAGUGACGGUGUCAAGGGUUGUGCGAAGUGUUUGCCGACGACAGCUUCCGAUUUGAAACAUGAUUAUAGAACUUGGAGAAACUGGCCGCCUGCCACUGAUCACUGGUGUUCCAGUUAUGUUGACGGCUGCUCAACACCCGCCGGAUGGCAGCUUCGUGGCCACUAUAUAGACAGUGGAUUUGGCCAUUCUGAUGACGUCAGUCUAGAUUUAGAGGUGAAAACUGCAGGCUUUGCUGGCGACCGAGGACUGGUGUCGAGAAUUGCCACGGAAGUUGGAUCCGUAACAAUCGACUUUGAAAUGGACUGCGAAGGAUCCUGUGAAUUUACCAUGUUCGAAAGGAAAUUCAACAGAAAUUCUGCAACAGUGGCUCAUUGGAACGGGAGAAACACUCGCCAAAAUUUCACGUACGCUGUGACUGAAAAAGGUCCCUUGACUUUUCGUUGGGGGUUUAAGAAAGAAGGUAAAAGAGUAUUUGAUCCUGAUUUGAAGACUUACAAAUACAUCAAUGACAGAGUAAAGAUAUACUCUGUACUUCUUUCAAAUACUGUGGACGGUGGAGCAGAAGUUUGUUCAAAAUGCCGUUUUCAAGUUGAAGAUUCGAGUUGUGUUGAGUGUCCAACUGGUCAAUACUUCGAUGCUCAAUCAUCAAUGUGCAAACCCUGCAAAAGCGGUACGUUUCUCAAUAACAACAAGUGUGAAAAAUGUGGCCCCGGUCUUGUCAGCAAUCCGUCGUCUUCAAAAUGCUAUUCUUCGUGUCAUUAUCAUGGGAAAGACGGACGCCAUAUUAACUUCUUACAAUUGAAAGGCAUCCACGUGGCUCGAACGAAUAAAUUUUUCUUCGGCAAGGAAAUUCGUUUUUCUACGAGUAUCGUAUCAAUUUGUGUGGUGUGGAUGCUCCCGAAGCGACCUGUCAUGACAAUUCCACCAUCGAAGAUGGUAAAACGCAAGUGUAUAAAUUGAAUGCAAGCAUUUGUCAGAUGCGCAUCGUUUCUGGAAGCGGCAAAUCGCCGAUUUCGACAACACCUGCCGGCAUCGGUCAUCAACUGAUGGGAGUUUACGAUGAGAAACCACAGAAUUUAUCAUUGGAUGUAUUCGACGAUGGAAAAUUGUUGAACGAAUCAUUGAUAUACUUUGAUUUUCUCUCGCAUUCAACGACACGUUCUUGCCCGAAAGGUCGAUCGGUCUUGAUUAUCCUACGAUGCGACGAACAAGCCAGUGACAAGG